GGGCAGGUAUGGGGUGGAAAUGUUUCUUCAUCGCCUGGGAUGUAGCCAGGUCACUGAAUUGGGGAGCACUGAAACAACCUGCUCUUCUGAUUGAUUGAAUGUGAAACCUACCCAUCUGUUUUCUCUGGGAUUCUCAUAAUCAGCAGCUGGCCAAAGGGAACAGCCCUCUCCAUUUGCACCCGGUGACAGCAGUGAGUGAAAUAAGAGAGGAGGAGUCCAGGAACACGAGCCUCCAGUUGAAUAGCUAUUUUCCCAGCUGUUUUUCACGCUUUGGCAUAGUGAGGAUUGCAGCUGCUGAGCAGGGAUUCUGGAAAGCAGUGCACACCUGAGCCCCCAGCAUGACGGGCCUAAAGCGGCAGGCUAGCCAGGUGUGGCCAGAAGAGCAUGGUGAGCAGGAGCAUGGGCUGUACAGCCUGCACCGCAUGUUUGACAUCGUGGGCACCCACCUGACACACAGAGAUGUGCGCGUUCUUUCCUUCCUCUUUGUUGAUGUCAUUGAUGACCACGAACGCGGCCUCAUCCGAAAUGGACGUGACUUCUUAUUGGCGCUGGAGCGCCAGGGCCGCUGUGAUGAGAGUAACUUUCGCCAGGUGCUGCAGCUGCUGCGCAUCAUCACUCGUCAUGACCUGCUGCCCUACGUCACUCUCAAGAGGAGGCGGGCUGUGUGCCCCGAUCUUGUAGACAAGUAUCUGGAGGAGACGUCAAUUCGCUAUAUGACCCCCAGAGCCCUCAGUGAUCCAGAACCGAGGCCUCCCCAGCCCCCCAAAACAGUGCCUCCCCACUAUCCUGUGGUGUGCUGCCCCACGUCGGGCCCCCAGAUGUGUAGCAAACGGCCAGCCCGAGGAAGAGCCACACAUGGGAGCCAGCGAAAACGCCGGAAGUCAGUGACAUCAGAUCCCAAGGAAAAGCAGACAUGUGACAUCAGACUGCGGGUUCGGGCUGAAUACUGCCAGCACGAGACUGCUCUACAAGGCAAUGUCUUCUCUAACAAGCAGGACCCACUUGAGCGCCAGUUUGAGCGCUUUAACCAGGCCAACACCAUCCUCAAAUCCCGGGACCUGGGCUCCAUCAUCUGUGACAUCAAGUUCUCUGAGCUCACCUACCUCGACGCAUUCUGGCGCGACUACAUCAAUGGUUCAUUACUAGAGGCACUUAAAGGUGUCUUUAUCACAGACUCCCUCAAGCAGGCUGUGGGCCAUGAAGCCAUCAAGCUGCUGGUGAAUGUGGAUGAGGAGGACUAUGAGCUGGGCCGACAGAAACUUCUGAGGAACUUGAUGCUGCAAGCAUUGCCCUGACCUCUCCCUUGUCUCACCUCGGGGGACUGUUCCCUCCACCCACCUCUGGAGCUUACAUACUGUUCUGGGGUUUGUUCCCUAUCCUUUCAAUCACAUCCCCUGACCCCCUUUUUUUAUUUUAAGGAAAAGACGAAGGAAAGUGGAAGUGGUGUCCGUACCCCUCCCUGCACCCAUGUGCCUGGGCUUUCCCUUUGUUUCCCUUCCACGUAGCCCAGCGAGUCUACAGCACCUUACCACUGAGCUGGAAGACACAUGCUUAGGGAGAAGAAGCGUCUUUGUAAGGGAUGGAAGUGAACAUUGGGGGUGCACUGAGGGACUAUCAAUACUCUGGCUUGAUUGAGGGCUCUUAAAUUUUAUUUGACAAACCAAAGGGCUGUGAGUAAGGGAAUUAUGUGGCAGGUGGGACUCUGAAGUGUGCUUUGGAAAUUCAUCACCACCCUCUCCCAAAUUACAGAAUUUUUAAAAAACAAGCUGUGACCCUUUCCAGUCUCUCCUGGCCUCUGGUGCUGCUCCUCUCUGCCUCUUUUCCUCCAGUCCAUGGCUUGAAACUUCUGCCUGGGAUGGCUCCUCCUUCUUUCUCCCUUGGCAACUCUCUUCAAGGGAGCAAUAGGUGAGAGGACUGGGUCAGCCUUGUCACGCCUUCAACUGUGACAUGUGUUUCUGUACGCACAUACACAGUGGAUGGUGAUGAGAUGGCGGAUUGAAAUACACUCCCCUAAAAAGGGGAAGGGGAGUGUGCCACCUUCCUUCCAUGUUCAAGUGAAAAUAAACUAAAGUACCCUGCAGCCCUUUCCCCUUUGCUUUCUUUUGACUUGGGCAAAGGGCCUCAGAGGUGGAAGUGAAGUAACUAAGUAUCAACUCCUUUCCUCUUUUCCCUUUCCCAUCUCUACCCGUCUCCCAGGUUGGGAAUGGAACUGGGACAUGCACUGAGCGUUGCACUUUGAUUUGGGUCGGGACGUCAGUUGAGUGAGCCAGGAGGCCUAGAACUAGAGAGCAGUCCAGUUGGCAUAAUACUACCACCACACUUUCCAACUCCCAAAGGAGACAGCCAAACACAGGAUGAUUACUUUUUGUUUGCAUUUUUCAGUGCCAGUGAUACUCAGCCCUCAACGUAACUUCAGUUUUCAUGAAAUAAACAGUGACUAUAAAAUGCCACCUUUUUGAAAUGGAAA